CUUCCAUAAUGAGGCAGUUUCUUUGCAAACUACUUUUUCUUUUCUUUCCUCUUUGGAUGUUUCAAGGACUAACAAGGAAAGUGUUCUGCUUUCACCGGGGUGGGAAGCAUUGACUGUGUAACAGUGAAGAAAACUUUUUCCUUCACAACAGCCAAAAUGGACCUUGCUUCCUCCUUUUUGUCUCAAGAAAAUGGACUGUGAUUCAGUGAUCAGGUGAACAAUGAUGAUUCACUCAGAUGUGUAACUUGGGUUUCUAAAACGUUUGGCGUGUACUGUGAGAAUUCUUCAACAUUUGCCGGAUGGAGACUUUGCAACUCUUACCUGUGUGCUUUCUAUUACUAUCUACUUCUUUUGCUGAUGUUCAGGAAAAGUUUGCAGAAAUCAAGUGUAAUGAAAGCAUUCGUGCAGAAAUUGGAGAUGAUGUUAAUAUUACCUGCACAAACAAUGAAAAGAUUACUAACAGUACAGUGACAUUCUGCACCAACUGCGCUCUUUGUCCUAAUUCAAGUGACAUCAACACUUUCGAAAACAAUUUUACUGCAGAUAAUGGAAGAAUUACACUGAAGAUCUAUGCUCAUUCUGUCAUCCUGCAUAUCAACAGAGUACAAGUUUCUGACCAAAGAACUUACCAUUUUUUCCUUAUGUCUAAUAAUGGCUUCAGAAAUAUAUGUGUACCACUAGGUGUUGUCAGCCCAGGCCAAGCAGAACUUUCAGCUCAGAGACGAUUUCUUGCUACUGGUCCUGUUCCCUCAGAAUCUGAAAAAGGCACAGCUGAAGCAGACAAAGAAGCUAUAUCUAAAGAGGCCAAAUAUAGUAUCAUUGCUCUGACACUCAUUGUCGUGUUGGCCUUUUCUGUGGCAUUGUAUUGGAGAAAGAAAAAAGGUGGCAUUAAUUUACCCUGGCGAACCCCCCCAUAUCACCAACCAAGAUUUCCCGAGGUGUUUCCAGACUGAAGAGAUCAAAUACUACAGAGAAUUUGGUAUGAAAAACAAAGAUGAAACACUUGGAUUAGGAUGCUAAACCGGAAACAAUAAUACAGUACAGCAUAGACAUUCAAAAAAGUUUCAGAAGCACUGAAUUGUGUGCUGUGCGAGCCCAUCUUUCAUCUUUGCUACUUUUAGUGAAUGAGAAAUUGCGUUUUUGAGCUGAAGACAGAAGCCUGCUCAUUUGAUUACAGCUCCUCUUUCACGUUCACCUCAGUGAACAUGGUCCUCCAAACUGUGGACAGAAUUGUGAUUUUCCUUAAACCAAGAGUUUUUUAUGAACUGUGAAUACAUUCUAACAGUGUGCCAACAGAAUAGUGUGGUGUAUGGAUCUGAAAACACAGUUAUAAGUUCCACUUUGGCUAUUAACUUUGUGGACUGCCUUGGGGAAAUCAGUUGCACUUGAACAUUUUUCCAUCUGGAAACUGGGGAUUGUAGGUCUAAGGCCAUUUUUGAGUUCCCUCUGUGGGUAUGACAUACUUAUUACUUGGGGGAAACAUCUUCAAACAAAAAUUUCCUAUGCUGCAUAAUGUUAAGAACUAUUUAGUAAGGUUUUUUUUAAGAGUUAGCACCAACUUGGUUAACUAUCUCAUAAAAAAAAGUUAGCAGCGCAGUUCUGAAGUAGCAUAUUCAAAAAUAGCUUAGUUUAGAGAACUCACUGUUAGGCCCAGCCCACUAACUGCUACAAAGGAUCAGCUGUGGUCAAUUCUCAGCGCACGAAGAUUGCAAUCCAAAAUUAACUUAGCUAGAAGAAAACUCCAUGGUUUGUUUUGAUUACAGCUCUUAAUAAGCAUAUGCAGGCUUCAGCUGGAAAAGUUAUCAGUUCCUGUAGUUGUGGUCUAAAACCACAGUAGUUUUGACAGCCAGUAUUUGUACAGAAGCCAUAUUACUAGUGGUGAACUAAAACAUGGUGCUUCCAGAAGACAAUAGAAACAAGUUUUUGGUUAGCACUAUACAAGCACUAGCCUUGUUAUUUGGUAUUUGUGACACAAAACACAUGAAAGCACCUUAUCCUGGACAUAAUUGCUGCUGAGCAAGCAGGAGGUUCAGUCGCCUCAGAGGGGUGGCUUGUAGGGUGACCACACCUGGGAACACCAACCUGAUUUCAUAACCUGUUCAGAAGAGCAGAUUCAUUUUCUCCUUGGACCUAUUAGAAAUGGUGCCUUUCCUCCAUCCCGCUACCAAAACAAGAGCCCCAGUAACAAUGGGAGCUCCAUGGUAGCAGGAGCAUAGUAGACAAUGUGUGGUUUCUUCACUAUGAGGUGAUCUGAGGUGGGUGGGAAGAGACCAGGUAUACCACUCAUUUGGCAUUUUAGACAGCCAUGUCAAAGAGUAGGCUGUUGUGCUUUGGUGCCUGUCAGCAGCUGCCUAACACCUCUUUUUUAUUUUAAAAAAUCAAAAUGCUGAUGAGAACAAUGUUACUUUAAUCUUUAAAAAUAGGUUAAACGAAUAAGGCUUUUGUAAUGAUUUCAAGAAAUGGGUGCAUGUGUCUUUAAAUGUUUGGUGAGAUAGGCGAAGAGUGGGGGUGAAAGAGAGAGAUGAGUGAGUGAUAUGAUUGGUUGAUGACAGAGUGGGCGGAGUGAAGGCAGUUUUCAGUUACUAAGGGAGAGAAAAAGAUUCAGUUAGGGCAAGAGAGGUGAGCUGUGUGCAGCCUGAGGGUGUUCAUGUAUUUGUGAAGGAAAGGCAACCUGAGUGGAAGCCUGAACUGAGUGUGUCUGUGAGACUAUAUAUUCAUUCUAUUUGAAGCAGGCAAACUGUGUGUGUGCCUGAGAGAGAAAGGAUUGAGAGUGAAAAGAAAACAGGCUAGCUGUGUGCUGUCUGAGGAGUUCUCUGUGAGAGAAAUACAGAGCCUAGAGAAAGAGGCUAACUGUGUGUGAAGCCUUACAAGAGAUCUGUGUGAAUGAGUUUGGAUGAAGCAACUAGAAGAACUAAGAACUACUUAUAUGUAACCAAUACGCUUCUUAAAAAAUAAACUUUUAUUUUGUUUUGUUAUAUCCCAGAGUAGCAGUCAUUGUUAUCUCCCAUUCCUAUCCUCAGGGCCACAUAGAACCACGAAGGAGCCUGACGCAUAAACACGUUACCAAAGGGAAAACUUAAAUAAAAUAUAUUGGAAUUUAAUAUUCCUGGUGGCAGCUAACUACCCAGAGGGUGUGAAGGGAAAGAUUAAAGCAAAAUCCACCCUAAAGAAAGUACAGGUCAUAACAGCUUUAUUCCACCCAAUCAGUUUCACCAGGCAGCAAAGAGCAGAAUGAAAGUAAUGAUGGACUGACAGGCAGGAAAGGGGGAAAAGUGUUUUUAUGCCAUCACCCACCGUAUCAAAUAUUAUACCUGCAAACUAUGUGAGACUAACAUUAGCCAGUUCACAAGUGAAAGCUUCAUACUUGGAUUGAACUGGAAGACAAAAAUAGUGAUAAACAUAUAUUGGAACAACAUUUGGAAAAAAAACAGAACUGUUAGGAACACAACAAUGCGGCAGUUAAGAUGAAUAUCAUCUGGAUUCUCAGGAACAAAUGAGGAGGGGGAGAUAUAUAUAUAUCCCCCCUAUAUAUAUUUCUGUGCUCUUGGAAGGAAGAUCAGGAUAAAAUGUGAUGGCCAGAUGUUGUUAAUACUGAACAAAAAGGACAUGGAUGGAAGCAUCCAUGUUCCUGGUCAAGUUAUACCAGAGCCGUUUUCUGUAGCACCUUUUAAUACAUUAGCUAUCUGCGAGUAACACUAUUUUUAGAGAAGUUUUAUUCUUGUGAUAUUCCUACACCAUUAUGUUUAGAUAUAUGUUAUUUUAAAUUUGAAUGAUGUAUCAGUUAUGAUGCUUUAAAAAGUUUUAUGUUACAGUUGCUUAAGGUUUUUUUUUUAAUGUAAACACCAUUUUCAAUGCAUUUUAAUGAAUGUAGACUAAGAUAUUGACUGCCAAAAAGUUGUUAGAACUUUGGCACAUGAUUGGAGCCACACUUUAAAUGGAAUAUAUUAGGGUCUACUUAUGUUAAAAUGGAUCCCGUUCCUCCAGCAAUUUCUGAGGUUAUAAAAGUAUAAUGCUUAAUAUAAUGACAAUAUCAAUUUGACCCCUUCUAACCUGCUAAAAAUUACAUUAGAAUUUAUGGGCCAAUACAGGUAUAAAAAUUGGGAGGAAAUCUUUCUUAUAGAAGGCUUGGACAGACAGGGGGAUUUUUACUCUAGGUCAGUUGAUGAGCUACAAUGAUGACGUUUGGCAUUUUCUAAGUGAAGAUCUAGAUAUGAUUUGACAACUUUUGCUGAAUGUCAAUAUAUAUAAUGGCAACAUUUGUUGGCAUUUAAAUAUAGCCCUUCAGCUUUCAGAAUCGCCUCCAGUUCUGAAAAUUCUUAUUGAAUCAACACAGAAAACAAAAUUUACAAUAUUUGUUUACAAAUACUUCAUGUCAGUAAAUAAAUAUGAUAUGCAAAGUCUUGAAGAUGAAUGGAAUAGUGAGCUAGAUUGUCCAGUUCUGCCAAAGCAGUGGGACAUAGCUUUAAACCUUAUAUCAGUUGCUUCUAUAGAUCUUAAACUGCAAAUUACUCAGCAAAAAAUUAUGUUUAGGGAAUAUUGGGCACCACAGCACUUUUUAAAGUAAAGGAUAGUACAGUCAAUGUUCAACUUUUGGCAUUAUAACUUAUAAGAUGAGUCUCUUAAGCACAUGCUUCCAUCUUUCUGGGAGGAAGUCAUUACUCAUAUUAAUUUUGUAUUAGAAUACUCAUUUAUUUUUAAAGAUGUUUAUGCACUUGUAAACUAUUUGCCUGUCUCUUGGAACCUAACCAAUGCUCAAUGGAAAUGGCCCCUCUAUGCCCUUACAGUUGCCAAAAGACUUAUACUCAACAUUGGAAAAACAAAAAUCCUCUUCCCUUAAUUCAUUGGACAAUAACAGUGUACAGACUUAUUUUUGAAAUUUGGAUACCUUUUAUAGAUGCCUCUGUAUAUAUUUGCAACAAUAGUUUAAUGUUUUUUGUUUUUCUUUCUUUUUUUGCU